AUGGAGGUGCCCACCGCCAAGGACUUCCAGUGGAAGCGCCUGGCGCCGCUGCCCAGCCGCCGCGUCUACUGCUCCCUGCUGGAGAGCGGGGGCCAGGUCUACGCCAUCGGGGGCUGCGACGACCACGGCGUCCCCAGGGACUGCUUCGAGGUCUACUCCCCCGAGGCCGACCAGUGGACGGCCCUGCCCCCGCUGCCCACCGCCCGGGCCGGCAUGGCCGUCACCGCCCUGGGCAAGAGGAUCAUGGUGAUUGGGGGCGUGGGCGCCAGCCAGCUGCCCCUGAAGGUGGUGGAGAUGUACCACAUCGACGAGGGCAAGUGGAAGAAGAGGAGCGUGCUGCGCGAGGCCGCCAUGGGCAUUUCCGUCACGGCCAAAGAUUACCGAGUGUACGCGGCAGGCGGGAUGGGUCUGGACCUGCGUCCGCACAACCAUCUUCAACACUAUGACAUGCUCAAGGACAUGUGGGUGUCACUAGCACCCAUGCCCACCCCACGCUACGCGGCCACCUCCUUCCUGAGAGGUUCCAAGAUCUACGUGCUGGGAGGACGGCAGGCCAAGUAUGCAGUCAACGCCUUCGAGGUCUUUGACAUUGAGACCCGCUCCUGGACCAAGUUCCCCAACAUCCCCUGCAAACGGGCCUUCUCCAGCUUCGUGACCCUGGACGACCGCUUGUACAGCCUGGGAGGCCUGCGGCAGGGCCGGCUCUACCGGCAGCCCAAGUUCCUCCGGACUAUGGACAUGUUUGACAUGGAGCAGGGGGGGUGGCUGAAGAUGGAACGCUCCUUCUUCCUCAAGAAACGCCGAGCAGACUUUGUGGCUGGCUCUUUGAGUGGGCGGGUCAUCGUGGCCGGAGGACUUGGGAACCAGCCCACGGUCCUGGAGACGGCAGAGGCGUUCCACCCAGGGAAGAACAAGUGGGAGGUGCUCCCGGCCAUGCCCACACCCCGCUGUGCCUGUUCCAGCAUUGUCGUCAAGAACUGCCUCCUGGCUGUGGGGGGUGUCAACCAGGGCCUGAGUGAUGCGGUAGAAGCCCUGUGUGUCUCUGACUCCUAG